AUGGAUCAGAGGUUAGAAAGGCUAGAAAAAAUACAAAAAGAAAUGCAGGAAAAGAUGCAAGAACGAUUGGAUAAAAUCCAACAGGACGCGCUGGAAUCCCAAAGAAUUAUGAGUCAACUGGCACAAUUAUUGGCUGAUAAAGGAAAGAGCCCUGUAAUUAAUUCAGGGGUUGAUCAGGAGGAUCUCGUUUAUCCUCUAGGUUUUACCCCGACAAGUACCCAGGCACAACUAGACAUGUGCCCACAAGGAGCACUUGGACCUCAAUAUCGGGCCGGCGCCUCGGUACCAAUGCAUUUUCAAGUAGGCUCAGGUUCUAACCCUGGGGACAACCCUACCAACCCUGUGGUCCCUGAUCUCGAUGACAUAGCAGAGAUGGAGAAAGCGAAAACGGACCUGCCAAAACAAUUAGAAGAACGGUGUAGAUGGCUAGAGGAAAAAUUUAGGGCCAUGGAGAGCAUCAACUACCAAUGUGGAGUCGACGCCAAAGAUUUGAGUUUGGUUCCUGAUUUAGUGCUCCCGCCUAAGUUCAAGAUGUCGGAGUUCGAAAGAUACAACGGGACUAGUUGUCCUGAAGCUCAUAUAACUAUGUUCUGUCGAAGAAUGACAGGAUAAGUCAACAAUGAUCAACUGUUAAUCCACUGCUUUCAGGAUAGUUUGAUCGGGUCUGCAGCUAAAUGGUACAACCAGCUAAGUCGUACUAAAGUUGGUUCAUGGAGAGACUUGGCGCAAGCUUUCAUGAGACAAUAUAGUCACGUGACGGACAUAACACCCGAUCGAAUUACAUUAUAGAAUAUGGAAAAAAGGCCUAAUGAGAGCUUUAGACAAUACGCCCAGAGAUGGAGAGAAGUGGCAAUGCAAGUCCAGCCACCCCUUUUGGAAAAAGAGGUCACUAUGCUGUUUAUUAACACUUUGAAAGGCCCAUUCAUCAACCACAUGUUGGGGAGUACUACCAAGAGCUUCUCGGAUAUGGUAAUGUCCAGGGAAAUGAUCGAAAAUGUAAUAAGAAGCGGCAAAAUAGACGUGGGGGAAAGCUCCAAAAGACCAGCUUUGAGAAAAAAAGAAAGCAAGGUAAACAACGUAGGCAUAUAUAGUAAGAGUUAUUCAAAACCGAUUACUGUUGGCCCUCCAAGAACGGUAGCCACUAGUCACCAGGGCCCCUCAAGGAAAGAGCCCAACACAAGGCCCAACGCGGAGAGACUUCAAUUCACGCCCAUUCCAAUAACGUACAAGGAACUGUAUCAGAAGCUAUUCAAUGCGCACAUAGUAUCUCCACAUUAUCUAGAGCCCAUGCAACCUCCAUACCCUAAAUGGUAUGACAUGAAUGCCCAAUGUGAAUACCAUGCGGGGAUACCAGGGCACUCAAUUGAGAACUGCACUGCGUUUAAGAAAGCGGUGAAAAAAUUUAUUAAGAUGGGGAUCGUAAAGUUCGAUAACCCAUCGGGACCAAACGUGGCAGGGAAUCCGUUACUCAAUCUUUCUGAUAAGGGAGUAAAUGCAAUAAUUAAGAAUGGGGGAAGGAGAAUCAAAGAUGACAUUGCAGAUGUGAAUACCCCACUGAAAUGGAUUUGGAGACAAAUGAUAAAUGGAGGUCUAAUCAAGCAAGAAUCAAAAGAAGGGCCCGAAGGAAUAAAGAAAUAUUGCGAGUUCCAUGCUAAAGAGGACCAUGACAUUCAAAACUGCACUGAAUUCAGGGCCAUGGUACAAAAUUUGAUGAACAACAAAGAGCUAGAAUUUUAUGAAGAGAUCAAUGGACUAGAAGAGGGAGAAGUUUUUGCCUCGGAGGAAGGACUUACGGGAAAAGCCCAAAAUCACCCAAUAGUGAUUAUUUCAAGGCCAAGAAACACAGGAUCUGGAAUACAACUGGCGCUAGGGGUCAUAAUCCAAAAACCUGUACCAUUUCCUUACAAUGAUAGCAAAAAGGUUCCUUGGAGUUAUGACUACAAUAUGACAAUCUCAGAGAACCUGAUAAAUGUUUCAGAGGAGGGUAAUGAUGUAGGUUUCUACACACGCAGCGGAAAAUACUAUGACCCGGAAAAUACAAAAGGGGAGCCUAUAAAAGGAAAAGCCUUGGCGGUUGAGCAAGAUAAAACAAAGACGGCCAGAAUUGAAUCACUUGUUAACAAACCGGUGACUGAAAAUGAGACUAGAGAAUUCUUAAAUUUCUUGAAGCAUAGCGAGUACAGUGUGGUAGAACAACUGCAUAAGCUACCGGCUCGCAUCUCAGUACUCGAGCUACUUCUAAGUUCAGAGAUACACCGUAAUGCGUUGAUAAAAGUGCUAAAUGAGACUUAUGUUGCUAGCGAUAUCUCAGUGAACAAGUUGGAUCACCUGGUUAACAAUAUAAAUGCCGACAACUUCGUCUUCUUCAACGAUGAUGAGAUCCCGCCAGGUGGUAUGGGAUCUACCAAGGCCUUACACAUCACUGCCCGUUGCAAGGGGUGUAUACUACCGAGGGUACUCGUUGACAAUGGAUCGACACUGAAUAUUUUACCCCUGUCCAUAUUAAACAGGCUACCUGUGGACAGUUCUCACAUGAAAUCAUGCUAAAAUAUAGUGAGAGCAUUCGAUGGCACUGAGAGAAAAGUGAUGGGAAGAAUCGAGAUACCUCUAUUGAUUGGUCCAAAUAUAUACGAGGUGGACUUUUGUAUGGAUAUUAAACCAUCUUACAAUUGCCUAUUGGGGAGGCCUUGGAUCCAUUCUACAGGGGCUGUACCAUCAUCACUUCACCAAAAGUUAAAAUUAGUAACAGAGGGUCGAUUGGUAAAUAUAGGCACCGAAGAAGACAUCAUUGCAUCAGUCACCGAUGACAUGCCAUAUAUAGAGGCCGACAGUGAAACGAUAGAAUGUUCAUUUCAAUCAUUGGAAUUCGUAAAUGAAACAUUUGUCGUCGAGGGGAGCAAAAUUCCAGAGCCUAAGAUAUCCAAAACUACGUCAAUGAGUUUACAGCUAACAAUGGGAAGAGGAGCGUUGCUUGGAAGAGGACUUGGAAAAUACCUCCAGGGACGGUUUGAGGGGGAUUUGUCUACCCCGAAGAAAAGAAUGAAGUUACGGAAGGAAGGACUGGAAGGUUGGACAUCAAUGCCAUAUCCGCGGAAGAAAGGAUGGAAAGGAAUUUAUCGGGCAUUCGCCCUUACGAACCUGGAAGUGUCUUCAGAUAUCAACGAGACGAGCGACGCUGUUACUAACUCUGAGUUCCUAUUUGAACGAGACAUGAGUGUGGAUGAUCCUCAAGAUUUUGAAGAUGACCAAGACAACGUUUUAUCUCCGAAUUUGUUAAGAAUGGUAGAGGAAGAAGAAAAACAAAUCCUGCCCUAUGAGGAAUCAGUAGAAGUCGUGAUAUUAGAAGAGGGAAGGAGUGUAAAGAUUGGCGCUGGUAUUACCGAGGAAACAAGGCGAGACCUCGUUGAGUUGCUUCAAGAGUUUAAAGAUGUCUUCGCAUGGUCCUAUCAAGAUAUGCCUGGGUUAAGUACUGAUUUCGUGGUACACCGACUGCCUAUAAAGGAAGAAUGUAGGCCAAUUCAACAAAAGCUCCGAAGGAUGAGGCCUGAUGUCUUGCUAAAAAUAAAGGAAGAAGUUAAGAAGCAAUUUGAUGCUGGUUUCUUACAGGUGGUCAAGUAUUCAGAAUGGGUUGCCAAUAUAGUCCCUGUUCCUAAGAAAGAUGGGAAUGUGCGAAUGUGUGUAGACUACAGAGACUUGAACAAAGCCAGCCCAAAGGAUAAUUUCCCACUGCCUCAUAUCGAUACCUUGGUAGACAACACGGCUGGAUACUUACUUUUCUCCUUCAUGGACGGCUUCUCAAGAUACAACCAGAUAAAAAUGCAUUCUGAAGACAUGGAAAAGACUACAUUCAUAACUAUGUGGGGAACGUUUUGUUAUAAGGUGAUUCCAUUUGGAUUGAAAAACGCCGGGGCAACUUAUCAAAGAGCCAUGGUAACCCUAGUCCACGACAUGAUGCACAAAGAGAUUGAAGUCUACGUUGACGAUAUGAUUGCGAAGUCCAGAACUGAAGAGCAUGUGCAAGUUUUGAGAAAACUAUUCCUAAGAUUAAGGAAAUUCCAGCUAAAACUUAACCCAGCCAAGUGUACUUUCGGGGCUAGAUCAGGAAAGUUGUUAGGAUUCUUAGUCAGUGAAAGGGGAAUUGAAAUUGACCAAGACAAAGUUAAAGCCAUACAAGAAUUACCUCCGUCAAGUACUCAAAAAGAAGUUCGAGGUUUUCUGGGAAGACUAAAUUACAUCGCUCGAUUCAUUUCACAGUUAACUGAGAAAUGUGACCCUAUCCUCCGUCUUUUUAGGAAACAUAAUCCAGGUGUAUGGGACGAGGAGUGCCAGAAAACUUUUAAAAAAUUUAAACAUUACCUGUCCAAUGCCCCAGUACUAAUGCCACCAUGCCCGGACAAGCCACUGAUACUAUACUUGACAGUAUUCAAAAAUUCUAUGGGGUGUGUGCUCGGCCAACAUGAUGAGUCAGGACGAAAAGAAAGAGCAAUCUACUAUCUCAGCAAGAAGUUCACUGAAUGUGAAACGAGAUACUCGCCAAUUGAAAAAUUAUGCUGCGUCUUGGUCUGGACUACUCGGAGAUUGAGGCAAUACAUGUUAUACCAUACGACUUGGUUAAUCUCAAAGUUGGACCCUCUGAAAUACAUGAUGGAAUCGACUGCUCUAAAUGGAAGGAUGGCCCGAUGGCAAAUUCUACUGUCUGAAUUUGACAUAGUUUAUGUGAGUCAAAAGGCUAUAAAAGGAAGUGCAAUAGCGGAUUUUUUGGCUACCAGAGCUUUAGAAGAUUAUGAGCCUUUGAGCUUUGAUUUUCCAAAUGAGGAUCUGAUGUAUGUAGCAACCGCCGAAGAUGAUAACCAAAAAGGCGAUGUUUGGAAAUUAAACUUCGACGGAGCUUCAAACGCCGUAGGCAACGAAAUUGGGGCAGUCUUGAUAUCCCCGAACGGAGAUUAUUAUCCAUUCACCAGCAAAUUAGACUUUGAUUGCACAAAUAACAUGGCAGAGUACGAAGCGUGCAUUAUGGGUAUCCGUGCAGCUAUCGAACGUAAAAUCAAAGUACUAGAGGUGUAUGGAGUUUCCGCACUAGUAACCUAUCAGCUCAAAGGCGAAUGGGAGACAAGGGAUCCCAAAUUGAUCAGUUACAGAAAGCUGGUUCUCGAAUUGAUUGAGGAAUUUGAUGAUAUCACUUUCUGUUACCUCCCGCGAGAUGAGAAUCAAAUGGCCGAUGCUUUGGCUACAUUGGCUUCCAUGAUGAAAGUAAAUAAACAAGAGGAUGUGAAGCCUAUCCAAAUGAGCAUUUAUGAUGCUCCAGCCCGCUGUUGUAACGUUGACGAGGAAGAGGAAAAAGACGACAACCCUUGGUAUCAGGACAUAUUGCGAUACGUGAAAAAUCGCGAAUACCCAAACCAAGCAACUGAGAAUGACAAGAGAACGUUGAGGAGGCUGGCUAGUGACUACGUCUCAGAUGGAGAGAUCCUGUACAAAAGAGGAAAGGAUCAGGUGCUGUUAAGAUGUGUGGACGCUGUGGAGGCCAAACAGAUCUUGGAAGAAGUCCAUGAUGGUAUUUGUGGAACACACGCUAACGGUUUCACAAUGGCCAGACAAAUCAUGAAAUUCGGAUAUUACUGGUCUACCAUGGAAGGAGACUGCAUCAAAUAUGCUAAGAAGUGCCAUAAAUGCCAGAUUUACGGAGACAAAAUUCAUGUACCUCCCUCACCUCUUCACGUCAUGACUUCCCCAUGGCCUUUCUCCAUGUGGGGCAUGGACGUCAUUGGGCCGAUAUUGCCAAAGGCUUCAAACGGACAUCGUUUCCUUUUUGUAAUGAUUGACUACUUUACUAAGUGGGUAGAGGCUACUUCUUACGCCAACGUCACAAAGGCAGCCGUCAGCAAGUUUUUAAAGAAAGAAAUCAUAUGUCGAUAUGGAAUGCUCGAAAGGAUUAUAUCUGACAACGCAUUGAACUUGAACAAUAGCACGAUAGCAGAGGUUUGCGGUCAAUUCAAGAUCAAGCACCACAACUCAUCGCCAUAUCGUCCGAAGAUGAACGGCGCGGUGGAGGCAGCCAAUAAAAAUAUCAAAAGGAUUGUGGAGAAGAUGACUGAGACCUAUAGAGAUUGGCACGAGAAGUUACCAUUCGCUCUCUAUGCUUAUCGAACGUCCGUCAGGACUUCUACCGCAACACCAUUCUCUUUGGUUUAUGGAAUGGAGGCAGUGUUACCAAUUGAGGUUGAAAUUCCUUCUCUCCGAGUUUUGUCAGAACUAAAGUUAGACGAAGCGGAAUGGGUCCAAUCCCGAUACGAUCAGCUAAACUUGAUUGAAAAAAAGAUGUUAAGAGCUAUCCGCCAUGGUCAAAUGUACCAGAAACGAAUGAUACGAGCUUACGAUAAGAAAGUUUAUCCUAGGAACUUCCAUGAAGGGGACUUGGUACUGAAGAGGAUCCUUCCCAUACAAAAAGACUUCAGAGGAAAGUGGAUGCCAAACUGGGAGGGACCUUAUGUGGUGAAGAAGGCUUUUUCUGGAGGAGCAUUAAUUUUAACUGAAAUGGAUGGAAAAAGCUUGGCCAAUCCCAUGAAUUCGGAUUCAGUGAAGAUGUACUUUGCCUAA